AUGCCUUCCGGUCUUCCUACUGCCCCAGAUACUGAGAUUGGCUUCCAGCCGCCUCCCACCCCCGCCAGAACUCCUCCCGAUGAGAACUCAAAGAGCCUCAUUGGCCUCACUCCCUUCCCAAUCGCCGGAGAUGGCCCUCUACCUGUCAUAUUCCACCCUCACAUCAGUAUCCUGACGGGUUGGCUGGAGGCCUUGAACCCUGGUGCACUUGGCGACGCAGUGAAAGAAGCGCGGACAAAGAUUCCUGAAUUCAUGGACAAGCUCCACAUCACUGACGCAUUUUCCUUCCUGGACUUUGCAAACGAUCUUCUCAAGUGGACGCCUGAAGAGACAUACAAAGCGAAGGAUAUCUAUGAUAUUAUCACUAUGUUUUACUUCAUUCUCGAUCAGAAGCCUUUGGCCAAGCUUCAGACUCAGAUCCAUCCCAGCCAGGCGGGAAUGCCUCUUACCUGGCUCUCCUCAUGGAUAGUUAUCUAUGCACAGCUUAUCGGGCUUUUCAUGGACACGCCCGCUUCAAUUACGGAGAAAUCGCUGGAAAGCUUCAAGAAAUCGCCCCCGUACGCCUACCAUGAAGCUGAAGUUCCUGCUGGGGGGUUCCGCACCUUCAAUGAGUUCUUUGCUCGCAAGCUCAAGCCUGGUAUGCGACCCAUCGCCGAUCCAGAAGACGACCAUGUCAUCGUAUACCCAGCCGACUGUACCUUUGACAGAUCGAUCCCCAAAGACAGCAUUAUCAACAUUGAGUCUGAUGGAAUCGUUAUGAUCAAAGGUUUGGAGUGGACAAUCUCGUCUCUUCUUCAAGGCAGUCAAUAUGCCAAAGACUUCCAUGGCGGUGUAUGGAUGCAUGCCUUCCUCAACACCUUCAACUACCAUCGCCAACAUGCCCCUGUCUCGGGUAAAGUAGUCGAGGUUAAGAGCAUCCAAGGUGCAGCAUAUCUUGAGGUUAAUGCGAAGUGUGAGCGCGUUCGCAAGAUGUGUGGUACAGAUGCCCCAGACUCCCCGGGAUACCAGUUCCUGCAGACACGUGGUCUCUGUGUUAUUGACAAUCCUGUGCUGGGUCUCGUGGCGGUGCUACCUAUCGGCAUGGCUCAGGUUUCUUCCGUGAAGAUGACCGCUCGGGUAGGAGAUGAGUUGAAGAAGGGAGAUGAGAUUUCCUACUUUCAGUUCGGAGGCUCGGAUGUUAUCUGCGUCUUCCAACCCAAGGCCGGUUUGACGGUGGAUGAUUUUGUUGCUUCGCCAGAUGACACUUACUCUCGAUAUGGUACUGUUCUGGCUAGGGCUCCAAAGAAAUAA